AUGCCUCCUCCAGAACAAGCGGAAUCGUCGAAAUCAUAUAGGAAUCCGACGGUUGAGGACGACGACGAUGAUGAUCUCGAUGACUUAGAUGACGUACUGGCAUCUUUCAAUACUACCUCUCAGCAGAAGAACAACAUACUACCUACACCUCCAAUUACAACCACUUCGCCCCCUCAGACCCAGAAUCAGGAAACCAACGAUAAUGACGACAACGACGAUUUCGAAGCUUCCCUGAUGCAAGGUAUGGACGAACUUCUCAAGCAAUUAGCGGGUACACAUCCACCUGGACCAAUGUUGGAUGUACCUCCUCGAGCAUCAUCAUCGUCUGCGCAGUCCAACGGUAAAUCAUCCAGUUCGACUGCAAAUGGAGCAGGUUUGAGUAAAGAAGCUGAAGAGGAGGCAUGGCAGAAAGCUUUGGAGAUGGUCUUAUCGGGAGAAGGACUCAAAGCUAUGGGAUUAGAUGCCAACCAGAAAAGCAAGACCAACGGAGAGUCUUCUUCGCAGCCACAGCCACAGCCACAGCAGCCAAAAGCAAGUUAUGAAGAGACUUUAGCUAAAACUCUCGAAUCGUUGAACAAGGCUGGAUCAAAACCUAAUACCAACGGUAACACUCAGCAGCAACCGGAUUUAUCAGCUUUAUUAGCCAGUCUAGGCGGUGAUCCGGACUUGUUAAAAGAUCUGAAUUUGAAUUUGGACGAAGGAGAAGGAAAGGGGGAUGGAGAUCUGGCGGAUGUAUUGGAAGGUAUGAUGAGGCAGUUGAUGACUAAAGAAGUAUUGGAGGAACCCAUGAACGAGUUGGCUUCGAAGUACCCCACAUACCUCUCAUCCCCUCCUGACGGUACUACCCAAGACGACUUGAUCAAAUACCGCAAACAAAACGAGAUCGUCCAAAAGAUCGUUGGGACAUUCAAGAAACCCAAUUACUCAGACGAGAAAGAUGGUAAAGAGAUUGCUGGGCUGGUCAGUGAGAUGCAGGAUUUAGGAGGUCCACCGAAAGAGAUUAUGGGUGAUUUACCAGAGGGAUUCGAUCUAGGUGCUUUAGGAUCUUUGAGUGGAGAAGACGGUUGUACGAUCAUGUAA